AUGGUUUUUCUACAUCGGCGCGCGGAGGUCAAAAAAACAUUCUAAGCUGGAUGGCGUCUAUGGGCGAUAUUGAAGGGCCAUUGCCUAGGCCGAUGACCUCCAUAGCACUUUGGAGGGGUGACCGCCGGCCAGCUCAAGUGGUCCAGGAAUCGCAGUUGGAGCGGGAACUUCAGCGAGCAGGUCAACAGGACGACAUUGGGACCUUAGCAUUUGAUGCAGAAUAUAGUCGAUGGUUAGAAGAACACAACAUACACAUUAAUGAGUUAAGGACAGCUGUCAAUUCACAUGCAAGUGAGCCUGAACUGCGAAGUAUUGUGGAUAAUGUCAAUGCACAUUACGAUGAGGUCUUUAGGGUGAAAGGAAAUGCAGCCAAGGCGGACGUAUUCCAUGUCUUGUCAGGGAUGUGGAAAACCCCUGCCGAGCGGUGUUUUAUGUGGAUUGGUGGCUUCCGCCCCUCACAACUUCUUGAGCUUCUAGUCAAUCAGUUAGAGCCUCUGACUGAGCUGCAGUUAGCUGGCAUUUACAGCUUGCAGCAAUCAUCUCAUCAAGCUGAAGAUGCUCUCUCACAAGGUAUGGAGGCGUUGCAGCAAUCCUUGGCGGAGACAUUAGUCAACGGAUCUCCUGCUACUGAAGGGUCAUCAGGAGAUGUAACUAAUUAUAUGUGUCGAAUGGCAAUGGCUAUGGGGAAACUAGGGACUCUUGAAGGUUUCCUGCGUCAGGCGGACAACCUGCGUCAACAAACAUUGCAACAUAUGCAUAGCAUAUUGACAACCAGACAAUCAGCCCGUGCUCUUCUUGCAGUAAGUGAGUACUUCUCACGUCUUCGAGUUCUCAGUUCUCUUUGGCUUGCCAGACCACGAGAGCAAUAAGUAUGACAUGCAUCGCAAUAUUGACAUGCAUCGCAAUAUUCUACUGAAACUCGAAUAUACUACUUUGAUACACUGGCCAGUGUAUGAGAUGCAUCUAAUUUGCUACAUGUAAAGUGGUAUUGUAUGUGCUUGUGGAAGUGCAAAGAUUGUGUUUUUUUUCUCUUGGUUUUGAGAAUGCCAAAAUUUUACUUUGUGAAUUAGGAACCAAUAAUGUACCUGUGUUUUUAGCUUUACAAGGAAAAAAGUUCAGUUAGGGAUUUUAAAACGUGCAAUAGGUAAUUAUUAGAUACUUUGAAAGUUUUAUGCUGAAACAAAUUAUAGCAUUUUAUCA